AUGGGUGUCAUGGCCAAGACAGAUGGCUUCUGGAGUCUACUUUCCAUCUCUACUGUGCUCUCCUGCCAUGGAACUCUUCCCUCAUCUCUUCUCCUGGCUCUUCUAACACAAGGAAAAGAGGGCAAGAAGCAGUAUGUACACAGUGCUGAAGAUGCAGCCAUAGAGCGCGGAACUGCCUCAGAGUCAUCUCUUGGCUGGACUGCUCUUCCCAAGAAAGCCGAGGUGCGUAUUGGUACAGAAAUCUUCAUGCGAUUUGAAGAAAAAAUGACGUGGUGGUUGGCUCUGAAGUACUGUCGCAACCACCACACUGACCUGGCUGACCUGCAAAGAGUGACUAAGGAAAAUGAGGCCAACUUGAGGAAAGUCACGAAUGAGACGGAGGCCUGGAUUGGCCUUUACAUUAAUGCAAACUCCAGGAAUCUGACAUGGUCCAGCGACUUGGGUGACCACAUACCCUCUUGGCUGGAGACACCCAAGUUCAGCAGCGGGCUGUGUGCAGGGCUUCGUACCUAUGCACACUUCAGCCCCAAGGUUUAUGCAGUGAUCUGCUCUUCCCAACAACCGUUCAUCUGCUUUUAUGACCCUUCCAUUGGAAAUCGGGAUUCAGCAGCAAUGCCUCCACUGCUUAAUGCUUCCUUCUCCAAAGUUACUACUCCUUCCUCAGAAGUUACUGUGGGGACCACUCCCAGGCUAAGUAUAAGUGCUUUGAGCCUGUUAUUGCCUGGAUCUGGGGUCUUCAGGGCCCAAGGGAGCAGAGAGGUAGGCUGUAUAGAGCAGGCUAGGGUAAGGGCCUAUGGGACCCUUCAGAAUAGACAGUUCAUGACUAGUACAAAGGUUGACAUUGAUAUAAGAGAUACAGCUACUACUACUUCUGUUACUACUGCUCAGGUCCAACAUUUAAGCUCGUCACACCCAGAGUCUGAAGAAAAAACAGCAGCCUCUCAGUCAGAGUACUCUUUUGGAAUCCUGAAGGCAGAUUUUAUCAUUUCAACUCUGAGGGACCCAGAAGAAAUGAAAGCACAAUUUUUAAAAGAGAUCCAAGAAGUCUUAAAGCUUAUAUUAGGUCAUGAGCAAUUCGGAUUGAAAUGGGUUGGCUUUGAACUGAACAAAAAGUAGCACACGUCUACUGACUUGCAGUUUCUCUUUUACUCAGUCUUUUCUGGAUUUUUAGUAAGUUUUGGUUCUUUAAUUUCUAAAAGAACAGGACUAGAAAUAACAGAGAUAUGCCAGAAGGUACACACCUAUAACUAACACAAAAGCAAACUACCUAUGAAACCUGAAUUCUUAGAUUUUAUGAUGAAACAGAUAAGCAGAAGAUGGCAGAACGUGGAAGGAGAAGCCUCGGGAGUGACAGACAAGGACAAACAUCUGAACUACACAACAAAAAUUCUGAAAGAAGGUCCAAUAAAUCUGUCUGAAGAACAUAAGAGAACACAGUAGCGAUUUACAAAUAUAAAUGGGAUCACAUUUCCUGUGCUGGGGACUGAACUACGGGCUUCAUGUUUGCUAGGCAAAUCCCUAUUAUUGAGCUGUAUCUGUAGUCCCACAGCACAGACUGUGGUAAUGUCAACUGCCUGUCCUAUUGCUAAGAAAUCUUUUUACCUGUAAAACUGGGUAAUUUUAAGGCAUAUUGUUCUUACUAUUAAAAUAUAUCAGAAUAAUA